CGACUUUUCGCAUCCCUCAUCCCAGAUAGCCAUCAAGUUCUCCAUCUACCAAAACGCUCAAAUAAUCUCUGUCCAGCAUCAACAAGACAAGAAUGGCUGAGAAUAUUCCUCCCAAUCUUCCACCCCCCUCGCUGAUGGCGAGGAAAUUCAUGGCGUGGGACGGGACCGUACCGCCUUUGGUCAAAGAAGAGGACCGCCCCUUUCGAGAGAAAUGGUUCUUCUUCUACGGCCCCCUGGCGAAUCCGGAGAUCCUAAUUGGGAUUCUCAACCGCUCGGAAAAGCCGGAACUCCCCCAUGCCAUUGUCUUUGGCCACGAGAUCUUAUAUUGGGGAGACUUACCGGCGGCUAUUCAAAAGGGGGCAGAGAACCCUAUUGAUGGAGUAGUUUGCAAGAUUGAAUCACAGGAAGAACUCAACCGGCUGGAAGCUUAUAUGACUAAAAUGUUCCGAGUUGACGGCUGUAUGGCAUGGCGGGAUGACCACUCGGAGGUUCCGGGGUUCGUGUUCAUUUGGGAUGCCGACAUGUCGCUUCUGAGCGAAACUCCUAGGAAUGUUUGAUUGUUUGAUUGAAGGUAGGCCGUCGGGACUUAGAGGCUUGAUGGCCCGAGUUAUUGUAUUUCCGACUUUAGAAUGCCCUCCCCACGGUAUCACCUACGUCUAAGAAGACGAAACAUCAUCCAGACUGGUCCUGGACUCCUGAUAAAUACUGCACAACCUGGAGAUAGCCGGAAAACCCCAUUCUAAAAAAGACGAACAAUAAACUAUAAAAUUUCAUCGUCUUUACUAAUAUC